CAACCUUUUAUUAUUAUUAUUAUUAUUAUUUCAUCUACACUUUAGUACGCAGCUUAUCCUAUCCACCUUAUUCUAUUAAGAUCGUCGUAAUUUAGGUACAAAUUUAAUUUUUAAAUUAAUUUGAUUGCCGGACGAAUGAGUAUACACAAUUAAUCCAGUAACUGGAUUAAUAAAAAUAUAUAAUUGAUUGAAUAUUAAUUAUUGUAAUUACGUCGUAAUUAUAAUUUAUAAUUAGCAUUAUUGCUAUGGUCAAGAUAUUAUCACUCUCUUUGUUCAUGGUACCAAUUAAGACCGCGCACAAAUUUUUAACAAACAAAGCUUUGAAACUGCAUAAUUUUUGGAUAUAGAUGUUAUUGUUUUAAAUAGAAUCAUUAAUCCUGUCAUAAUGUUUACUAUGAGUGACGUUAAUCCUUGUCCGGAUGUUAAUAAAAGUCUUGGAAUGGAUGAAGCUUGCUUCACAGUUAUCAAUGAUAAUAAUGAACCUCUUUCACUAUUCGCUACAAAUGAAGAAUGUUAUUAUAAAUUGUGUGAUUGUUUACCAUGGGCUAAUGUAUCAGCACACAGCAAUACUACAUUAGUAGUACCUACAGAAUACCCAUUACAUUUUUAUUUUGUUAAAGGGAAAUACCAGUGGUGUCAUGAUACAUUUAAGUUUGAAGAGUAUGGCUACUAUGGUUGGAAUUUAACGGAAGAACAUUUAUGCUCCAAUGUCUACACUAUAAUUGAACCAAAAAAUCAGUACCUUCCUCUUUUAGCGGCAUUUAUGAUUUUUACAAUUGGAGCGAUAUUGAUUGGAACGACACGUUUUUUGAUACGGAUGAUUAAAAAAUUCCGGAUGCGAAACUCUCCAGACGAUCAAAGCGACCUGGGACCUUUGCAAGAUUCUGACCCCCCAUCUCAACAAUUAGUUAGAAUAACCAAAGCAAGCAUAAGAGUUCGUUCUAUUGAUGCUUUUAGAGGUAUCGCUGUUCUAUUGAUGAUAUUUGUAAACAAUGGAGGAGGAAAAUAUACAUUUUUCAAUCACUCUCCAUGGUAUGGAUUAACAGUAGCUGAUCUCGUAUUACCCUGGUUUGCUUGGAUUAUGGGUUUGACCAUAGUAUUAUCCGUACGUUCUCAAUUGAGACUCUCAAUUCCACGAUCACGAAUAAUUAUUAAAUGUCUGAAGCGUGCCAUGAUUCUCAUUUUUUUGGGUUUAAUAAUAAAUGGCCAACGGGGUACACGAUUAAGUGAUUUACGUUUUUCUGGCGUCCUUCAGUUACUUGGAAUAACUUAUUUCAUUUGCGCUAGUAUUGAAACCUUAACUAUGCAAGCUCAAAGAAAUUUUCAUUAUGGAAGAUUUGCAUUUCUUCAAGAUAUUCUGGAUGCUUGGAUACAGUGGUUGGUAAUCUUGGCACUUACUGCAACGCAUUUGCUAUUGACAUUUUUAUUACCUGUACCAGGAUGUCCGACUGGAUAUCUUGGUCCAGGUGGUAAUGUAUAUCACGGAAAAUAUAGUAAUUGUACUGGUGGAGCUGCUGGUUAUAUUGAUCGAUUAAUUUUGGGAAGUCAUGUAUACAAUAAAACAAACAAUUUAAUUUAUGGUCAUGUUUUACCUCAUGAUCCAGAAGGAAUAAUGAAUACUUUGUCAGCUGUUUUAAUUGUUGCAUUAGGAGUACAAGCAGGAAGAAUAUUAUUUUGCUACUAUUUACAUAAUUUUUCUAAAAUUAUUCGAUGGUUUGUUUGGGCAGUCGUACUUGGAGUGAUUGCAGGUUUUUUGUGUGAUUGGAGUAAAGAUGGAAUGAUCCCAGUUAGCAAAAAUAUGAUGACAAUAUCAUUCGUACUAAUAACUUCUUGUUUUGCAUUUAUACUUUUUGCUAUUUUAUAUUUCUUAAUUGAUCAUCAUCGAGUUUGGAAUGGAGCACCAUUUACAUAUGCCGGUGCAAAUGCGAUUUUCUUGUAUGUGGGUCACUACUUUACAAUGAAAAGUUUCCCGUGGGCAUGGAAAAUAGACAAUCCUACUCAUGCCUCACUUCUUGCUAUGAAUUUAUGGACCACAGUACUCUGGUCAUUAAUCGCUUACGGACUUUAUCAGAAAGAUAUAAUAAUAACUAUCUAAUUAUCAUUUUUCAUAAUAAUUAUUGUUUAUAAAUUAUCGCUUCCCCCGGAUGCUAUUAUUUAUAACAAUAUAUAUUUUUUCUUUGUUAUCUGUAAAAUUACACUUUACAAUUAUAAUAAUAUUAAGUCUUUGACAUUUGUGCCAAAGACACAUUGUGAUAGUUUUUGUGAAAUUUAAAUGUAUUUGAGUAAGAAAUUAUUUUUUAAAAAAUUAUUUAAUUAAAUUAAGAUUAGUUUAUAAAUAUACGUAAAAAAUAUUAGUGUUGUUAAAAUUGAUUGAAAACAAAUACAGUAUUUUGUUAUUUGAUUAA